CGAAGUUGACGAGGAUGGUGAUAAAUUAAUUUAUUUAGUAAUUUUUAACAAAAAUUAAUUAAAAAAUAUGAAAAAUCAAAGGGAUUUAAGAGAGAAUCACAUGAGGUGGAGGUUAUAUAAGCAGAGAUAAGGUGACACUGGAAAUGCAAGAGAGAAAACACCAAGGUGAGGCAACUGAAAAAAACUUUGAGUGUUUUCAGAUAUUGCAAUAGUGUUUGAUAAUUUCAGUUUUCUUCUAAAUCCCCCUUUUUUUCUGUAUUUCCCCGCUUCUCUGAAUCCCUUUCUGUCAUCGUCUGUCUUUCAAGCUGAACAAAUUUGUGUUAAAAACAAAGCUAAACAAGCCUACCAGGUUGGUUUUUUUUUUUUGAAAGCCAGGUGAUCCAGAAUAGAGAUCCAGGUUUCUGUUCAUUACAAAGUUUUAUUCUUUAUUUUCAUCAGCUAAGGGGGUUUAUUUUUGGUCCCUCAAGCAACUAUAGAUAUGUAUAAUAGCAGCAGCAGCAGCUCAGUUUUCUCAGAUCCUUUUAAAGAAGAGUUAAUGAAAGCACUUGAACCUUUUAUGAAAGGUGCUUCAUCUACCUCUCCUUUAUCUUCUUCUUCUUCUUACCCUUCUUGUUCAUAUUCUCAACUCACUGCUUCUCCUUCACAGCCUAACUUGUAUCCUGAAUUUUGCUCCCCAUGGAGCACCCACUCGUUUUCGAAUCAUGGGUUCUCUAACUAUAACAACCUGAUGGGUUUUGAACAAACAGGUUCAAUUGGGCUAAACCAACUCACCCCUUCUCAAAUCCUCCAAAUUCAAGCCCAUAUCGAACAACAACAGCAGCAACAGCAACAGCAGCUUGCUUCUAUGGCUACAACAUCCCUUCAAAAUCAAAGGCUCAACUUUCUUUCCCCAAAAGCUGUCCCUAUGAAACAUGUCUCCUCCGCCCAUCCAAAGCCUACAAAACUCUACAGGGGAGUGAGACAGAGGCACUGGGGCAAAUGGGUAGCUGAAAUCAGACUCCCCAAGAACCGAACCCGCCUUUGGCUUGGCACUUUUGAUACAGCUGAAGAAGCAGCUUUGGCUUAUGACAAGGCUGCUUAUAAGCUUAGAGGAGAGUUUGCUAGGCUCAACUUCCCCCACCUCAAGCACCAAGGAGCUCAUGUUUCUGGAGAAUUUGGUGACUAUAAGCCUCUCCAUUCCUCAGUUGAUGCAAAGCUACAAGCCAUCUGCCAGAGCUUGCAGAAACAAGGGAAUUCAGGAAAGACCUGUUCCGUUUCUGAUUCAAAAUCUAACAGUGUUGCUCCUUCACAGCCUAAGUUUGAGUUUGAUUACCCUGUUAAGAGUGAGGAGUUUGAUCAGUCUUCAAGAUUUUCUGAUCCUAAAGUGGAGAAUUCAUUGUCAUCAUCAUCAUCCUCGGAUGCAUCCGAUGAGUCAUUGGCAGGGUCCUCUUCACCAGAAUCUGAUAUCACUUUCUUGGAUUUCUCUGAUUCAAAGUGGGAAGACAAUGAAAAUUUCGGUUUGGAAAAGUAUCCUUCGGUAGAAAUUGAUUGGGAAGCAAUCAGGGAACUAUCUGAGUCUUAAAUAUAAUAUCAUACACAACUACUACCAUGUAAUCUCCUUGUAUUUUCUUGGGUCAAGUAUCUUUUUUUUAUGUCGAUGUAGACUAUUUUAGUGUCUCUAGUAGUCUCUACAAUGAAAUUUUUGACAUUUGUAGAGGUGCUACGGAGCUUUAAGUAGGUGUCAGUUUAGAAUAUGUAUAAUGCUAAUGUGUAAGAUUGAGGUAUCUCCUUUGAGACUGGUCUUGCUGGAACUCUUUUUCUUAGCAAAAGCCAUUGGAGAGCUUCAAGUUUCUGUUUGGUUAAGAAAACUAUUGUCUUUUGAAUAUAUAUUUAAUGUACCUCUUUUUUACUUUUUAAUUUUUUCUGUAAAUCUUUCUGUAAAACCAAAUAGUUUGCAUGUGUUGGAGUUUUAUUCUUCUUCUUCUUCUUCUUCUUCUUCACGUGUUUGUUCCCUUAAACCUGUCAAGACAUCGCUACUUGUGGUUUUAGUGGAGAAUUUUUCAUGUUCAACCGGUCUGGACUCUGAGCUUGGCAUUGAAUCCCUAAUUUAGAUUAGUUUCUAAUUUGAUCAACACUGAGAGGUC